UUGAGUUUCUACUCUCUAGCUUAUACCUUUGAUUCCGUUUCCGUUUCCGUUUCGAUCGAUUAUCUCGCAUAGCGAACUGCCAAAAAGAAAGGGCGGAAAAAAAAACCGAAGUUUGUGAAAUCAAUGGCGACACCGGCGGCAAAGCGAAAGCCAGUGUUUGUGAAGGUGGAUCAGCUCAAACCGGGAACAAGCGGUCACACUCUCACAGUCAAAGUUGUUAGCUCGAAGCCCGUCAAGACAGUCAGCAACCGUGGUGGUCGGACGUCGAUGCUGGCGGCGGCUCGUCCUUCUCGCAUCGCCGAGUGCCUCGUCGGAGAUGAAACUGGAACCAUAGUCUUCACUGCCCGUAACGAACAGGUGGAACUCAUGAAGCCAGGAUCUACUCUAAUUUUGCGUAACGCAAAGAUUGACAUGUUCAAAGGAUCCAUGAGGCUAGCAGUUGAUAAAUGGGGCCGUAUUGAAGUCACUGAACCUGCAACUUUUGAGGUUACAGAGGAUAACAAUCUUUCAUUAGUUGAAUAUGAACUAGUCAAUGUUGUUGAAGAGUGAUUUUGAUUUCUGGGUGUCUCUAGAGUUGCCAGAGGUUCUGAUCUUUAUUUUUACAAUUGAACUAUUGGCUGCGGGGCAGUCUUAAAUAGUGGUACAGUCUCUGUUUAUUUUAAUCCUAAAUUGCUGUGGUUAGUGCACAUUUUUACCCUAUUUAAGUCAGUUUUGAAAGAUGAUGGUUCUUGCGGUUAACAUGCAGAAGUGAAUAUUGCUAUAAAUUUACAUAAUUUAGUAUUUUUAUGGAGUCA